CUAUAAUUCUGUUCAGGUUGACUGCUUGAGCAAGGAGCUAACCCCUCCUUACCCAUCACGCAAGCAAGAGUGGGCACCAAGAACCUUCUCGUCUUAUAUAUAUAUUCACCCACGCAUUCAAUCCCAUCAUCUCUAAACCCUAAACCCAAAAUUCCCCGCAACCCAUUUCCCGAGGUGGCAAUCUGCUUCAGCAAUGGGGUUUGUCAGAAGCACCUUCUCGUUUCUGACCGGCACGGUGGUCGGAGUCUACGUCGCUCAGAAUUACAACGUCCCCAACAUCGAUAAGCUCGCCAAGACCUUCCUCCUGAUCGGCAAGCACCUCGAGGAGACUUACCGGAAGCCCAAGAAGAGGGACAGUGACGAGAGCGAGAUCUAGAUCGGGUUUACACGGCGUCGUUUUGGCAAAGGUUCCUCCUUUUUUGCAAAGAGAAACAUAAUGUUAUAGAGGGGACUUGGUUCAGAGAAUUGUAGUGGAGUAAAUUCAUCAAUAUGUGGUUGGGAUUUUUUGUUUUUAGUAUUAGUUUCUGAUGGAAAGGAUAGUUCUGGGUACAAUAUGGAUUGUGAAUUCACUCUGUUACUUGGAUUCUGAUUAAUGGAAGUAUAAUUUUCGAAUUGUGUUUGGAAUUA